AUGGAGGUUUCCUCUGUUUUUGUUACUCCUAAGAGAAAAUACAGCAGAAACUCAUCCUGUAGCUCAACUGAAGCGUCACCUGAAGAAAAACGAGCUAAAGAGGCCUCAUCUCCGGACGUGACACUUUCAAGCGACGCCGAGAAAACAAUGGCCGCCAAAACUCCUGUGGAAGGCGUCGAGGGAAAACUAGACCUUAUAAUCGCAAGACUGGAUAGCAUGGAUUUAAAGAUGGAAGAUAUAAGCUUAACUGUUAAAAAGCUGCAAAGCAAGAUUACUUCCGUGGAAGUAGAUGUCAUAUCAGUCAAAGAUAAACAGGAAAAGCUCGAAGGAAAAUUUACACAUAUGGAAACCAACUCCCAAUUUGUCGACAGCGAACUCGACCGACUUCAAUCAACUCUCGACGAGCGUAAGAAGGAACUAGGUGAAUGCCGAAAGAAAAUCCUGUAUUUAGAGGCCUAUAGCCGACGCGAAAAUCUAAAAUUCGAAGGAAUUCCAGAAGUUUCCCAAAACGCUGAAGAAGGGAAAACUGCAAACGAAGAUACCAAAGGCGUUCUUGUGAACUUUAUAAAAAAUACGCUUGGAGUUGAGAACGCCGAACAUAUUGAAUUCCAGAGGGUCCACAGGCUAGGCAAGCCAAAAGAUGAUACUGGUAACGACGGCCGCACGAUUAUCGCUCGGUUUCUACGAUUUUCAGACAAGGAGCGUGUCUUCAAACAAGGGCGAAAGCUAAAGGGCACAAACUUCAAAAUGUUUGAGGACAUUCCAAAGGAACUACAUCAACUGAGGAAAGCGCAGAUGGAGAAAUUAAAACAGGCAAGAAAAGAAGGUAGACGGGCCAACUUUAGCAAGUCUGAACCAGACAAACUUUACAUCGAUGGUAAAUAUAUUAAAUUCUGACUCUAAAAGAAUCCUUUGAGUUUGAGCUUUAUUCAUUAGUUUGCCGAACGGCGAUUACAAUAUUUUCUGGCGAAGUUAUAAGUUUCUUUUCUUCUCAAUAUUAUGUAUGAUUUUUAAUUAUUCGCUCUUUUGUAUCAAAACAACAUCAGAUAAGAUCAUCAUCCUUUUGUUAGAUUUUUGCUCCAUGGACACCUUUUAUUUUGAUUAUAUGUUUUUUUUUUUUUUUUUUUUUUUUGGCGGAGGAGCUUUCUUCUGUGUAGGAUCUAGGUUGUUAGUAGAUGGAUAUUAAUCUGGAACACGAGGUAGGUGUAAUAUCGUGUUUUUCCCUCUUGUUCCAUUUUUGUGUAGUGUACGUAAAAGGCAAUAGAAUCUAUUAUUCUAAUAUAUAUGUACUGAUGAAAUUUUUUUCGCGUUAAUUUCCUCUAAUUUGAGGAACGGUCUAUUCUUAUCUAAAUAUUGCAAAAACCAAGCGGAGCGCUCUUUAAUCAUAUCUCAUGUUUUCUGCUGCAAUCACAGUUUUACUGGUAUUUUACUACUACUGAAAUGUAAUAGCUGGCGUGCAAAUUAGUUUCCUUAAAUGUAAGGGGCAUUGGAAAUUUUAAGAAAAGGAGAACGAUAUUUACUUGGUGUCGAAAGCAAAAAGCAGAUUUCAUCUUCUUACAAGAAACCCACUCAAAAAUGGACUCAGAGACGUGUUGGAGAAAUGAAUGGGGAGUGACAUUAUUAUGGCCCACGGACCUCCAAUUCACGCGGGUGGCAAUUCUUGUUAAAAAGGAUGUUGAUUGCACAAUUCACUCAAAAGUGUUGGACCCCUAAAGGACAAUAUGUUAUAAUAAAAGCAGAAUUUAAUGACAAAAUGUAUGUUCUAAUCAACAUCUACGCUCCGAAUAAAGAUUCGAAUAUUGUGAGCUUUUUCAACAAUCUACUUCUGAUUUUGCGAAAUAAUAAUUUUGAUGAAGAAGAAAACAUUAUUAUGGGAGGGGAUUUCAACUGCCCUCUUAAUCCACUUAUGGAUAAGAAAGGAGGCCAAUUGAGUCCAAGAAAAUCUGUUGUAUCAACCAUUAGCAACCUACUAGAAGAGUUUGAUCUCGUCGAUAUAUGGAGAGUUAAGAAUCCUCAGAAAAAAGAGCUU